AUGGGCGCGCCAGGCGCAGCUCCCCUAGCAGGCAACAGCUUCGUCAUCCUCUCCGUCGCCGUCGUCGGCAUCCUCGCCACCAGCCUCCUCCUCCUCACCUACUACCUCUUCCUCACCCGGUGCGGCCUCGCCUCCUUGCGCCGCGACCACGAGGACGACGUCGCCACGCAGCAUCACCACCAUGUCGUCUACUCCACAGCACCAGAGCCGAGCCGCGGCCUGGAGGAGGCGGCGAUACGCCGGAUACCCACUCUCCGGUACCGGGAGUCCAAGCAGCCGCAGGCACCGCAGGCCCAGGCGGCGAGCGAGUGCGCGGUGUGCCUCAGCGAGUUCCAGGAGGGGGAGAGGCUCCGGCUGCUGCCGCCCUGCCUCCACCUCUUCCACAUCGACUGCAUCGACGCCUGGCUCCACGCCACCGCCAACUGCCCGCUCUGCCGGGCCGCCAUCUCCGGCUCCGCGUGCCAGCCCCAGCCCCACAUUAUACUCAGCCAAAUCGACAUCGUCAACGUCCUCCAACUCCAAGCCGACCACACGGUCAUCGACAUCGACUCGCCGUUCCGGGGCGAAACGAGCGACGUCGGUGCCGAUGUCGACGGCGUACCUGCGACGAUAGUGAGCAUGGGAGACGAGCGCAAUGACCCGAGGAGGGAAGAGUUGUUGGACGUGCAGCAGCCGAUGAGAAGGUCGCUGUCCAUGGACUCCUGCAACGACAAGCACUUGUACCUCGCCCUGCAGAAGGUCCUGCGCCACCACCACUCCCACUCCGCUUCUCCCGGGGAGGACCGCAAGGGGGAGAGCAGCACCCCCGCCGCCGCAGCCAGCAGCCGGGCAGCAGGGAGGUUGCGGCGGUCCUUCCUCUCCUUCAGCCACAGCCGGAGCUCCAGAAGUGCCAUCUUGCCAAUCUGA